ACAAGAUCAGUGCUUAGAAAGAUGUUCAGGAGCUGAAACACCCAUAAAGCUCCCAAGGUUCUGAAAUCCUGCACGUGGAAACCACAGCUCUGUAACAUCAUUUAUUCCAAGAAGGAGAGAUAAACCCUUCUGUCAUUCAGGUUUGUCCCUGAGGAGCUGAGCUGUGUCUGUGACAGAUGGCAGCGCCCCGGUGAGCAGCGACAGCCACGGGACAGCGCAGAGCCCAUGGAAUAGAGCAGCAGAGCGACUCCGAGCAGCACCGGGGCCAUCCCUUGGCAGAGGCAGAGCCGGACAUGCCCGAGCCAGCCCCGCUCGGCGGGGACAGGAGAGCGGCGGAGAAGAAGCAGCGGGUGGAGAAGGUGGGAGCCAAGGGCAGCGCUGCCGGGCCGCCAGUCCCCAGGAGCCUCCCCGUGCCCAGCAAGGCGGAGCCGCCCAGCCUGGACCCCGCGGAGGAGCCGCUGCUCUGGGAAGGGCUCACCCUCAACAAGUGCAUCCUGGUGGCCUCGGUGGUGGCCCUGCUGAGCGUCACCUUCCAGGUGCUGCAAGCUCCAUGCUCCAAGGAGGGACUCGCCCGCGGCCGCCAGGAGCCUCCACCUCCUCCCGUUCCCGAGGUUGUGAGCCCCAAGGUGGAGAUCCCAGAGGCGGUGACUGCCCAGCCUGCGCCGCCACCCGAGAGCAGCGCGGUGGAGGAGGAUGAUGAUGAUGAAGACAGUGACGAUGAUGAUGACAGCGAAGCUGACAGCAACCUGGGAGAACCCUGGAUCUUCAAGAAAUGGUUUGGCCGUGCAACACCAGAGGAUGAGGACAAGGACGGGGACAAGGAUGAGGACAAGGGGGAGGACAAGGAUGAGGAUGAGGACAAGGAUGAAGAACCUGCAGAUGUCCCCGAGGUGCCAACGGCUGUGACAGAGGGGAAGAAGAGCCAGGAGAAGCAGGAGAAAAAGGUGGAGGAGGAGGAAGAGGAAGAAAAGGAGGAGAAGGAGAAAGAAAAAGAAGAGAGUGAGGAGGAGGAAGAUGAGGAGGAGGAGGAGGAGGAGAAGAAGAAGGAGGAGAAGAAGGAGAAAGCCCGGGAAGGCCGAGCUGUCCAUGCGGAGCGGAGCAGCCGGAGGGAGCCACGAGCCAAGGACAGGGACAGACCCGGCCGAGCCCCCCGGGCCCCCAGGGAGCCCGAGCAGCAGCCGCAGAGGAAACGGGACCGGGAGAGGAGGGAGAGGAAGGAGAAGCGGCGGGAGCGGGAUGAGCCCAGGAGGGAGGGGUGGAGGGGCCGGCCCGGCAGGGCUGAGGGCGGCCGGGAGAGCCCCAGGCGGGACUGGAAGCAGCAGAAGGGCAGGAGGCCCUGGGAGCCGGGCAGGGACGGCAGGGCCAGGGAGGGCAAAAGGCGCGACUGAGGCCGGGCUGGGCACGGGGCUGGAUGGAGCUGGGUCCAGGGGGAUUCAAUCCCACCCUGCCUGCCCUGCAGAGACACCCCGGGCACGGGCAGCACCAGGACCCCCGAGCAGCAGCAGAGCAGCCCAGGAGCUCCCCGAGCUCCCCGGGGACUUUGGGACCCCUGGAUCAAAGGUGACCUGAAAGGACUCAUGGAAGGAGCUUCUUUGGGCCUCCUGCCUUCUCCAUGCCCACCCAAACCCCUCUGCAGUUCCCCUCC